GAGACGGACUGAAAGGCAUCCUCAACUCCUAUGACAGCGAGCUGCUGCACUCCGCCGAUCACUCCCCUCAGCUGAUUGCCCGCUUGGAAGAGGCGGAGGACCUGGUGCAGAAAGUGGAAGCUCACACUGCGGAAAUGGAGGUAAUGCACGAGGCGGACAUGGUGGAAGUUCAGGCGCUGGAGGUAGAGUUGCAACUGCUGAAGAGUCAGGAAUCCACAAAGGAGUUGAGCUUCUUUAUCGCUCGAGAGGGGGUGAACGCACUCAGGUUGAAGAUUGAGGAGCUGGAGACUGAGCGCAGCCAGUUAGAAGAGGAGAAGAAAUCCCUUCAGAUGAAGCUGGAGCAAGUUGGCAAUCACGACUCCAGCAAGACCAAAGUCCUCCACCUCAGCGAGAAUCCAGCCAGCCUCGCCAAGCGGCAGCAUCUGCAGGAGCAGGCCCAGCUGCGCGAGGAGUGCCAGCGCUUGAGAGAGCGGAUCCUGGUGCUGGAAAGAGGAGGCUCCCUCCCCGGAACCUCAGAGGGGGUUGUGACCCUCCCAGAAGGGGCUGAGGGUCUCCCGUCAACCUCAGAAGUCGCAGAACUGAAGACCAAACUGGAGAGUGAGAAGAAGAUAAACCAGCGCCUCAAGGAGGUUUUCCAUUCCAAGAUUCAGGAGUUCCGCAAAGUUUAUUACAACCUGACGGGAUACCAGAUCGACAUGACUUGCGAGAGCCAGUACCGGAUCACUUCGAUGUACGCUGAACGCAAGGAAGACUGCUUGAUCUUUAGGGCCGUCAAGCCCACCAGCUCCAAGAUGCAGUUGCUGGAAACGGAGUUUUCCAAGACUCUCGGUGAGAUGAUCGACCUCCAUCUCCACCAGCAGAAGAGCAUCCCAGCUUUCCUCAGUGCCCUCACUCUGGACCUCUUCAGCCGCCAGACCGUCGCUUAGCCCAACUUUGGCCGCUUUUACCACCUUUCUGCCUGAGGACUGCCCCCUGGAUAGGCCUGCCCUGUUGUCGAGGUGUCCGGGGCUGAACCCAGUGGGGCCCCAGGGCAGAAGUACACAAGCAACCAAUUGUGUUAAUAUUUUUUUAAAAAAAUUAUAAAGCUUAUUGAAUUACCAUUGAAUAAA